GUCAUAACCAAUGAAUUCGCCGGGAGAACCGUCAACCGCAUAGUCAGGUUUCCGACACUCGACAGUGUUCUUCUCGCACACACGCAAAUUGUCUACAAUCGCUCCGCCGUUGCAAUUGUCGUUAAUCGCAACGUUAUCGGAUUGAAAUACAGAUUUUUUUUAGUUUUUAAAUCGAUUUGGAUGUUGUAGGAAAUAAAUCGUAGUGCAAACAAACCGAAAAUAUCGAGUGAAAUAAGUGAACACUUAUCGAUCAAAUUAAUAAUGAAAAUAUCCCGUACAUUAUUAAUAUCUUUGGUGGCCAGCUUCUUGGUCGUUAAAACAGAGCAGCAUUGGAAGGUUCAAUAUAAAUACAAACCAUACCAAUGGAGUGAAGGAUCUUAUCCACUCAAGUAUACAAUUGGUUUCAAAACUCCUCCAGCGUAUACGUCCAAUGGUGAAAGCACUAGUCUUUACAAGUCAGAGGGUUGUGAUCUUCAUAAAGCCGUGUUCACGCAAGGUACACAUUUACCUCAGUACAUAGUAUACAAAUCGAAAAUUCCCGAUCUUAAAGAGUUCACAUUAUGUCAUUGGCACAAUAUCUUCAACUACACUCAUGAUCAUCCAAUAUUUUCAUAUUCAUCACCUGGUAAACAUAGACUUAUCUAUUCUUGGAUUGAAAACUCACCCGAGAAGACUUACUAUAAUUUGGCUAUUAAUGGACACACAAUCUACAGAAUGAACUAUCCAGAAAAACUAUUCAAAUGGUAUCAUGUUUGUCAGUCAUGGAAUGGACACACCGGUGAAUGGCAACUUUGGAUAAACUCUGAAAGAGUGGGCCGAGGAUUUUACAACUUGAUGGUUGGAAAGCUUAUCGUUGGUGGAGGUAUCGCUAUAAGUGGUAGGGAAUAUUUGGAUCAUCAGUUAGCUGCGGGUGGCGCAGCUUAUGCGGGUGAACUAACGUUACUAUCCUUCUACAAAGCAGCACUGACCGCAGGCAAAGCAUAUAAUGACCAUAAACAUCAUCACGUGCAUAAUUUCCACCACGGAUACGAUCCGGCAAUCGAUGAAGCAGAUGAUGAGGCGGAAGAAGAAACUCCUUCUACCCCUGAACCAACUCUACCUCCUCAUUUAGCACAUGGCGAAGGAUUCAUAAACGGUCAACGUGAUCAUAAUUUGCCUGUAUCAGAAUUAGUAAUUAAAGAUUUGAAUAAGGGUCAGAUUGAACAACACCAGAAGUUAAAUCUAUUCGACGGUGGACUUUAUGAUUUUUACUCACCAUUCAAAUCGGACAGUUUUGAUGAAUUUUAUCUGGCAAACGGUUUAGAGAGAAGAAGCGGUGGUAAGUAUAAAAGAAACACGACAAGCUUCAGUGGUACACAAAGUCAAGUUAUAGUAAAAACGGACGACCAAGAACGGAAUAAAAGAUGGAUACCAAUAACCGGAGACCGUAAUGGUAGAGUUGGUAGAUAUUACGAAAUUAAACACCGAAAAUCUCUUCAAUCUAGUAGACUUGAACCCGCCGAAUGGGAAGUCAACAAAGUGGCUGAAAUAUGUAGAUCGUGUGUUCCAGAUCCGUUUAGCGAAGCCACUAUAAUAUCUUGGGAGAAAUCGAAGAAACAAUUUUAUAACGGAGCCCUUUACACGCCCGCUCAGCCUAAGUGCUAUUCUUUCUAAAAUCCUCUUGAUCAUUAAUUACUAAGUGAAAAAAUAAUCUCUAUUCUAGCCAUCACGAGUCACUUAUUUAUGUAAUGAGUUUUGUACAAAUAAUAUUAAGGAAGCAUAGAUUGUAAUAACAUUUUAAAUAAUUUUAAAUCUAUCAAUAAUAAUUCAAGUGGCCAAUAAUAAUUUUAGUGUAACUAAAAUUUCUGCAAGGAUAGUUUUGUUUAUAAAUGUACAAAUUCAUAUUUUCACAGAAGAUAAUUUAGUUGCCUAUAUUGGUAGCCGUAAACGAAAACGCCAAUGUUAACACUCAAGAUGUUUAAAUAAUAACAUUUUCGUAACCUAACCUAUUUAAAAAAAAGCACAGAGUACUUCGGUUAGGCAAUCAACCGAUAAAGGGAAAUUAUCACACCAUUGGAUUUGAGGAUUAAUAAUUAUACUCUAAUUAUUUUAUUUUUUUAAUUAUUUAAAGAUUUCAUAGAUUGUUCGUCUUUUUAGAAUUUUUUUUUUAACUAUUUAUAAUGUUUUAUUACUUAAUUUUAUGACUUAGUUAAGUAGAUUUUAGGUUAACUAGUAUAUACAAUAUUUCUUUGAAUUUUGUAAAUCGGCCACAAACAACUAAACGCUCAAAAUUCUUCGAUUAAAUUUAUAUGUGUAUAUGUUUGUAAAUAUAGUAGAUUAUAUAGCUGUGAUAAAGUUACUGUGUAUAUAUAAAUUAAGUAUUAUUUUAAUAACUAUUGAUAUAAUUUAUGUUAUUAUUAUUAUGGUUAUUACUGUUUUUUAAAAAUACCAUUUUUUAUAGGCAACUUACAUAGCUCAGUCGGAAACGCAUGUGUGUUCGAAUUUAUUGUUCUGGGCUAUGUAUUUUGCUUUACCGGCCUCUCUGGCACAAGCAAUGCUUUUAGAGAGGACGUUGAACAUGAAUAUUAAUUUAAUAAAAGAAAAACACAAAAUAGUUUGGGUUUUUGUCGUUGGAUGUUCUUUUUAAUUAAAUUAAAUAGAUUUAAAAUUUAUGUACUAACAAAAACAAGUGUAAUUCAUUGUAAAAUAACAGUAAUUGUUUAAUUAACUGUUAUUAUAAAACUUGUUUGUAUUGUUAACUUGUUAAUGGCAAUACAUAAUAUGUAUUGUCAUAAACUGCUCUUUAUAUUAUAAAAAUCUGUUGUAAUUUACAUACCUAUUAUUGUAUCAUGAUGACGAUGAGCAUUUAUAUUAUGUAAUAUUACCAAAUACACAAUCAUUAAAAUUAUAAUAUUUU